AUGCCGAACAUCGUGCUGUUCAGCGCAGCUCCCACCACGACCUGGUCCCAGCGGGUGGCGGACCGGCUCGGGCUGGAUCUGGGCAAGGUAGUCACCAAGAAAUUCAGCAACCAGGAGACCAGUGUAGAGAUUGGUGAAAGUGUGAGAGGGGAAGAUGUAUAUAUUAUCCAGAGUGGCUGUGGAGAAAUAAAUGACAACUUAAUGGAACUACUCAUCAUGAUCAAUGCUUGCAAGAUUGCAUCAUCCUCCAGAGUGACUGCUGUAAUUCCAUGUUUUCCAUAUGCCAGGCAAGAUAAGAAAGACAAGAAGGGGUCCGUGGAGCGUUGGAGUCGUGCACCAAUCUCUGCAAAACUUGUUGCCAACAUGUUGUCAGUUGCAGGGGCUGACCACAUCAUCACCAUGGACUUGCACGCUUCUCAGAUCCAGGGUUUCUUUGACAUUCCAGUAGAUAACCUGUAUGCAGAACCUGCUGUGCUGCAGUGGAUUAAAGAGAACAUUCCUGAGUGGAGAAAUUGUAUCAUAGUCUCACCUGAUGCAGGUGGUGCAAAAAGGGUUACUUCAAUUGCUGAUAGACUGAAUGUGGAAUUUGCUCUCAUUCAUAAGGAAAGAAAGAAGGCAAAUGAAGUGGACAGAAUGGUCUUGGUUGGUGACGUGAAAGAUAGAGUAGCAAUUCUUGUUGAUGAUAUGGCUGACACAUGUGGCACAAUAUGUCAUGCGGCAGAGAAGUUGGUGUCUGCUGGAGCUACUAAAGUUUAUGCCAUUCUCACUCAUGGCAUCUUUUCUGGUCCUGCCCUCUCUCGGAUUAAUAAUGCUUCGUUUGAGGCUGUUGUGGUAACCAAUACGAUCCCCCAAGAGGAAAAAAUGAAACACUGCCCAAAAAUACAGUUUAUAGACAUUUCCAUGAUCCUGGCAGAGGCAAUUCGAAGAACACACAAUGGUGAAUCUGUGUCCUACCUGUUCAGUCAUGUGCCCUUGUAACUGCAGGAGAUUACACUGCAUCUUUGCAAAGGUCCCUUAAGCUAGCACUGUUUUUAAUGAUGGACAUCAACCACAAGAAAUGAGUAUCUUUGUACAAUUCCAGAGCUUGUAUGUUUAAUUAUUAUAUUUGUCUUGAAAUCACCACUUGUUUGUUAUAAAUGGGCAAUAAAUCUCCAUCUUGAAGCAACCUUAUGAAUUGCCUCAAGAGUCUUAAAGUCUUCUGUGUUGCUUAAGUUCUCUUUUAUGUACCUGUCCUCACUUUCUGCCAAACUGCUGUUUUGGAUCCAUUUUUCUAUAGAGAACUACAAAUUGUUCACAGAUCUUAAUGAGAUGUAUACGUGUAAGAUCAUUUUCUGUGUUCAGCUAAGUGCUGCAGACCUGAGUAUCUUGUAUCUAUUAAUCUGUUAGGCAGGCAGCUGGGUUUUGUUUGUUUGUUUUUUAUAUUUAAUUACCAUGAAUAAUAUUUUGUAAGCCCUAACAGUAUGUAAAAGUCAUGCUAAUUUUGAGUAACUGUUGACAUACACAUAGUAUUACUGUUUCGUACACUUCAUGUUCAUAUUUACCCCCAAGAUACGUGGGGCUGCUGUUUCCUUUUGUAAAGCUCUCAUUACAUUAAAUGAUUUGCAUAACA